AUGGACUACGAUUCCGACUCAAGCGACUUUCAUUUCCCCUCAGAUACUGGAUUAGCCAAGCUAUCAUCGCCUCUGUCCUUCAAGAUCCCUGAAUCAAGAGAUUGGGCACUGGAUGAAUUCAUGCAGACAUUACAAGAUAAACCCUGUACAGAGGCAGAAAACUUGCUCAGUUUCAAGCAGUACAUCCCAGUGCAAAAUGAAGAGGAUGAAGACGAAGAUGACGAAGAAGAUGAUUUCCUCAAUUAUGAGCCACCCAAAUUAUCACUACCCACAUUAGAGGAAAAGGACUUUUUGUCACAAUUAUCGCAACAUUUCCUGAAUCUGGAGCGCAUUGAAUUGCAUGAUAUCUUGAAGGGCGGAUUUACAUUGGUACAAAACGACAUUCAAUCCAACAAUACACAAAAUUACAACCAUACAACACACAUAUCCUCGCCACCUGGUCUUAGCUGGUUUAAUGAAGCAGUGGAUUAUGGCAGACAUGAAAUUGAUAACUUAGACACAAUAGAAAUUCCAAAGCGCAAAAACAACUUUAGCCCAUUCGAGCAAAUGGCUUCAGCGGGUGGUCGUCAUGGUAACAACAAGAAUGCUACGACGGUAGCAUCUUUCUCCAUUUGUUCCGAGCAGCAAGAAAUUACAACAGUUGUAUCACCUCAAGUUGAAAAGCCGUUACCACCAUUACCACAAUCCACAUCAUUGCCAUCAGCAGCACCUACCACCACCACCACCUUUGUUAUUACCUCAAAUAGCAGUAGCCAGAAAAAGAAGGGGCUCAAAUAUAUACUUAAACAGUUUGUCAAACCUUUCAAUAAAUCAACAGCAGCAACAACAACAUCGGAAAAGCCAAAAAAGUCCUUUAUCAAGAAUACAAGAAAGCUUAUACGCAACAUCUUUUAA